AUGGGUAGUUUAUUGUCAACAGAUAUCGAAGAUGUUGUCGAUGGUGCCUUGGAUCGUAUAUUUGGUGAAAUUGAUCCAACAAUAGAAAAAUUUCAAAAUGCUUCUAAAGAAUUACUAGAUCCAAUAGUACAGCGUUUAAUUGAUCAAAUAUCUCCAACUCUAAAUCGAGUAGAGAAUAUUUCAUUAAAUGCAUUGGAUGUCAUCGAAUCAAAAAUCCAUUCAAAUAGCAAGCAAAUUAUGCAUGAAUUAGAAACAAAUUUAUUUGUUUUGCUAGUGGCAGCUAUCGUCAUUGUUAUUUUCGUUCUGUUAUUAUUGCGUCUACUUCAAUCUAUUCUCAUAAAAUACGAUUUUAGUUUAGAAACAAAUAAAGUGGUUAGUUUAAUAACAAGUUCAAUAAUAUUUUGUUGGUUAUUUUCAGCUACAGUGAUCAAAACCUUUUAUAAUAAUAUGAUAAUUGAUGUCUAUGUAUUGAAAUUAAUUUUCUUUAUUGUACUUUGUUUGAUCUUCGUUUGCUUGAUAUUUGUAUGGAUUCGGUAUAUAUGUAUUUAU